CAAACCGAAGGUGGAGAAGAAGUUGUCAAACUUGUCGCGACCAGUCGUAUCGGCCCCGAAAUUGUCGUCGUCUCUCGAGCGGAGAUUUCGAGUGCGCGAUUAGUAUCGGUGCCAAUUGUUGUGAUUUUGCGCAAAAGCUUGGAAUUGUUUGUUUGUUUACAUUGUCGUCGUGAAUUGUUUAUCUGUUUGUGAGCGUUUUGUGUGCGGUUUCGUGCGUGUGGAAUUUCGCGGUUCGUCGGGUUGGUUCGGGCAAGGAAAAAAAGAUACGGAAUUCGCGGAAUCUUGUCAUGUUACGGUUCGUUUAGCAAGGAAGAAAGGAUAGAAUUGGUGUUAAAAGUGUAAAUUGUGCAAAAGAGUGAUUUUUGUAAGGUUUAUGUGAAGAAAUGCACUGAAAAGACGUUUUGCUUCGUGAGGAAAAAAGAAGAAAAGUAAUUGUUUACAAUUUGCCCGCAGAAAUUUCUAGUUGCAGUAGAGUUUACAAAAAUGUGAAUCCCCCAACGGCAGACUUCGUAGUGUUAAGAACGAUGUAGUGCCAAACUACAUGUAAAACAAAACAGGAAAGUUCUUCCCUCCCCUAAUCGGUGGCCAUAAAUUUGAUAGUCAGUGGAAUAGCAGUUUUAUUUGUUUGUUAAAUUUUACAACCUUCAAAAAGUCAAUCAUAUCGAUUAAGUUCGGAAGCCAAAAAAAAUAAAAUAAAAAAUGACGGAACGUCGCAGUGAUUUCGUGAUCAAGGCCGGUUACAUGGUCAAACGGUCCCAGAACAAGAAACGCUUCACGCCGGUCAACUACAAGACGCGCUGGUUCGAGUUGACCCGGCUCUAUCUGUCGUACUAUGAUAUUGGGAACCUGGAGAAACGUCGCGAACGAGGUCGCAUCAGCGUUCGAGGGGUUCGUCUGGUUGAGCCAGCGAUUCUCCACGGCGAGGGAGGUGAUACUGCGGCGCCUGAUGGUUACCCGUUCCAAGUAGGGUACUGCGAGAGUGACGGCAUCUACCCCGGGACGACGCUGCCCCAGUACAUCCUGUACCUGGUCGCGGACAGCGAGAAGGAGCGCACCGACUGGAUCAUCUCGAUUCGACGGAUCUGCGAGGAGUACAGCCCCAAGUCGUUCCGGUACCACCCGAGCCUGUGGCAGGGCCGCAAGUGGACCUGCUGCAAGAGCCUGACGCGGCGCGCCCUCGGCUGCCAGGUGGCCACAGUAUGGCCCGAGUACAACAAUAAUCCAAGUAACGGAAGUUCACCCGCCCAAAACUCGACCCGCAGCAUCAGCCCCGCCACGCAGAGCCUCGGCGGCCAGCAGCAGCAGCCCCUGCCCCAGGCCAACGGCAUCCAUCUGCAGACGUCGACGUCCCAUCUCCUGGUGGGUGCGGGUUCCGAGCGGACACUCCUCCAACAACCGGCCCAGCAGCAGCAGCAGGGUUCCCAGUCCCCUUCGUCGCUGCAGGCUGCCACCUCCAAUUCCUCGUCCCAGCAGUCGUCCCAUUCACCAUCGCUGAGCCAUCACGGAGUGCAGCCGCCGCAGUCACAGUCAGCGCAGCAGCAGCAACCUCACCUGCAACAUCAGCAGUCCUCCCAGUCACACCACCUCAACAGCAGCUCCAGCAGCCUCGGCAACAUUACGCCCACUUUUGCGCAGCCACAGUCCCCCAGUCACUCGUUCAAAACGGCGUCCAUCAACGGUGCAGGUCAUCAUACGAACGGAGGCGAGUUAAAUAUGCCCGGUGGUCCGACAGCAGCGCCCGGAACACCGAAUUCAAAGGCCAAGGAUGUCACACCACGCAUCAAGAUCGUGGUCGCCCUGUACCCCUUCAAGGCGAUCGAGAGCGGCGACCUGUCGCUGGAAAAGAACGCCGAGUACGAGGUGAUCGACGACUCGCAGGAGCACUGGUGGAAGGUCAAGGACCAGCACGGCACGAUCGGGUACAUCCCCAGCAACUACGUCAAGGAGAAGGAGCUGCUGGGGCUGCAAAAGUACGACUGGUACGUGGGCGACAUGAGCCGCCAGCGGGCCGAAUCGCUGCUCAAGCAGAACGACAAGGAGGGCUGCUUCGUCGUCCGGAAGUCCUCGACCAAGGGCCUGUACACGCUUUCGCUACAUACCAAAGUACCCCAAUCCCACGUGAAGCACUACCACAUCAAGCAGAACGCCCGGAUGGAGUUUUACCUGUCGGAGAAGCACUGCUGCGAGACGAUACCGGAUCUGAUCAACUACCACCGGCACAACUCGGGCGGACUCGCUUGUCGACUCAAGACGUCGCCCUGUGACCGGCCAGUGCCACCGACAGCUGGGCUUUCGCAUGACAAAUGGGAGAUUCACCCCUCGGAGUUGAUGAUCCUGGAGGAGCUCGGCUCGGGUCAGUUUGGCGUGGUGAGGAGAGCCAAGUGGCGCGGUUCGAUCGACACCGCCGUCAAGAUGAUGAAGGUCGGCACCAUGUCCGAGGAUGAUUUCAUCGAGGAGGCGAAAGUGAUGACAAAACUUCAACACCCAAACCUGGUCCAGCUGUACGGCGUCUGCUCGAAGCACCGACCAAUCUACAUCAUCACCGAGUACAUGAAGCACGGCUCGUUGCUCAACUACCUGCGGAGGCACGAGACGUCCCUGAUCGGAAACAUGGGACUGCUGCUAGAUAUGUGCAUACAGGUCUGCAAGGGCAUGUCGUACCUGGAGCGCCACAACUACAUCCACAGGGACCUGGCGGCCCGGAACUGCCUCGUCGGCUCGGAAAACACCGUCAAGGUGGCGGACUUUGGCCUCGCGCGGUACGUCCUCGACGAUCAGUACACCAGCUCGGGCGGCACCAAGUUCCCGAUCAAGUGGGCCCCGCCGGAGGUGCUCAACUACACCCGCUUCUCGUCCAAGAGUGAUGUCUGGGCCUACGGAGUCCUCAUGUGGGAGGUGUUCACCUGUGGCAAGAUGCCGUACGGUCGCCUAAAGAACACCGAAGUCGUCGAACGCGUCCAGCGGGGCAUCAUUCUAGAGAAACCAAAAGCGUGCGCAAAGGAGAUCUACGAUGUGAUGAAAAAGUGCUGGUCGCACGGUCCUGAGGACAGGCCCGGCUUCCGGAUACUCAAGGACCAGCUGGCGGCCGUCGCCCAGGGCCUCACCGACUAGAUCUGAUAUUCCUCAGACUAGACCUUUCUAGCAAACGCGCGUACCGUACAUCUCAAACUCAUCAUCUGCACCCUCAACAAACACACCCAUACAAAGACGGACAGCCAGACUAGAUAAAACCAGCGAAUACCCACACAUUUUUAUCUUACCGAGGACGAAACUCUGUUCGUUUUCGGCAAACUUACUAGUAUUCUACUCAAAGUCACAAACACACAUGGUUAUUCCUAAAGUUGCACAAGGGAGUGAAAAGCAGGAGAAGAACAACACCAUUGCGUGCAAUACAAUAAAACAGAAAAGAAAAGAAGUGAGGGCGGUAAAACUCUAGAAAUAUCGUGCUUGUAUAAAAAAGAGUAAAAAAUAAACAAAGUGAAAACCUAUCCAUAUCUUUAAACGAAUAAAGGAAACAAGUAAAACUAGCAAAAGAGAAACCAUCAAGUUGGAAAACACAAAACCGUUGUCUGCCACAAAAGAAGCCAAACACA